GUACAUGCACGAUGCCCUCAGCUCUGUACCUCUGCAACCAUACGCCUGAGGGAAAUAUCACGACCGUGUAACUUGAUAAAAUCCUCCGUCUGAACCGAACGCAAUGAGGGGUUUCCCGCCUGCUAAAGCUUGUUCUUUGGCGAGCGUUGUUCGGGCCAGCGAUGCACCACCUCGUUCGCGGCGACUUGCCAACGCGCGCUGGCAGCCUUUGCGUACCGCGCUCAGGACAUUGUCAACAGCCUCUCGCCAGGAUGGACGGACGCAGCUGAACAGGUCGUAUCUCUACGUGCCUGCGGCGUCCGAGCGUAUGCUGCAGAAGUCUCUGGUGACCAACUCAGACAUCAUCAUAUAUGACUUGGAGGACAGUGUCCCGCCCACAAAGUCGGACAAGGAGGGUGCCAGGGAGAGGCUCGUGCAGUUCCUUCGUUCGAAGCCCCAGGCGCAGCUACCGUUCCCAGAGCGCGUUGCGGUCCGACUGAACUCGACCAACACUCCCUUCUUCGAGGGUGACCUCGCUGCCGCUCUGCAAGUGCCGUCCAUCCGGACACUCGUCCUCCCCAAGGUUCACUCGGUCCAGGACCUCCACCACGUCUCCCGCAUGGUCUACUCUCACUCACAACUCAAGACUACGCGCGAUCCGGAAGAACAGCCGCUGCAGCUCGUCGCGAGCAUCGAGAGCGCGAGGGCGCUCGUCAACCUCGGCACGAUCGCGGGUUGGCAUCAGAAUACGGGCCCUCUCUCCGGCUCUCGCUGUCGCGUUGCUGUUCGCAGCAGAAGAUUGUGCGUAGUGAGAUUGCGCAGACACGUCUAUCAUACGGACGAAGUCCCGGCAGGAACUUUGUAUACUCGGUCUCAAAUCGCCAUCACGGCCAAGGCGUUUGGUCUAGAUGCCAUCGAUAUGGUUUGCGUGAACUACAAAGACUUGGACUACUUGAAGGAGGAGUGCGAGGAUGGGAGACGUCUUGGCUUCAACGGCAAGCAAGCGAUCCACCCUACCCAAGUCGACAUCAUCCAAUCCACAUUUGUGCCCACCGAACAGGAGAUCCUUCGCGCGGCCAGGAUUGUCAAGAAGAUGGAGCAAGCACACGGUGCUCAGAGAGGCGCGAUCGGGCUCGAGCUUGAGGGCGGUGGCAAGGAGAUGAUCGACGCGCCAAUGCUCAAGCAGGCUGAGAAUACCGUUCGUAUAGCCAAGGCCGCGGGACUUCACAUUCCCGACGUUCAGUGAACGACUUCGUAUGUUAUGGAUAACUGACUAGUAUACAUUGCAGGGCUAC